AUGCGGCCCCUCCGGGAGCGGAGCUGCCGCCGCCGCCGCCGCGCCCUCCUCCUGCUGCUGCUGCUGCCGCUGCUGCCCGUCCUGAGCCGAGGUUUCCAGUGUUCCCAGUCUUCCUGCUUGAAUGGUGGAAGGUGUGAAUCCUAUCACAAUGGAACAGAGACGUGCCUGUGCUCCAGCAGCUUCCUGGGCGACCGCUGCCAGCUGCCCAACCCGUGCCGCAGCUCCCCGUGCAAGAACGGCGGCACCUGCAACCCGGUGGUGCGGGGCAGCCUCGUGGACUACACCUGCGCCUGCCCCUUGGGCUACACCGACAAGCUGUGCCUGACCCCCGAGGAGAAUGCCUGCCUCAGCUCUCCCUGCCACAACGGAGGGUCCUGCGACCUCGUCACGCUGACGGAGUAUAAAUGCCGCUGCCCCCCUGGGUGGUCAGGCAAGAGCUGCCAGCAGGCGGACCCCUGUGCCUCCAACCCCUGUGCCAACAACGGCCAGUGCGUGCCCUUCGACUCGUCGUACGUCUGCAAGUGCCCGCCGGGCUUCCACGGCGGGAGCUGCAAGGAGGACAUCAACGAGUGCAGCCGCAGCCCGGCCGUCUGCAAACACGGCGGGCUCUGCGUCAACGAGGUCGGCUCCUACCAGUGCCACUGCAGGCCGGCAUACACCGGCCCGAACUGCGAGCACCUGUACGUGCCCUGCAGCCCCUCCCCCUGCCUGCACGGGGGCACAUGCCGCCAGACGGGGGACACCGCCUAUGAAUGCACCUGCCUGCCAGGUUUUGCUGGCCAGAACUGUGAGCAGAAUCUUGAUGACUGCCCAGGCAACACCUGCAAGAACGGAGGCACCUGCGUGGAUGGCGUGAACACCUACAAUUGCCAGUGCCUCCCUGAAUGGACAGGCCAGUACUGCACAGAGGACGUGGACGAGUGCCAGCUGAUCCCCAACGCCUGCCAGAACGGCGGCACGUGCCACAACACCCACGGGGGCUACAGCUGCGUCUGCGUCAACGGCUGGACGGGCGACGCCUGCGGCGAGAACAUAGACGACUGUGCCAGCGCGGCCUGCUUCGUCGGUGCCACCUGCCACGACCGCGUGGCCUCCUUCUACUGCGAAUGCCCCCACGGGCGGACAGGGCUCCUGUGCCACCUCAACGACGCCUGCAUCAGCAACCCCUGCAACGAGGGCUCCAACUGCGACACCAACCCCGUCACAGGGAAGGCGAUUUGCACCUGCCCGCAGGGCUACUCGGGGCCCGCCUGCAGCCUGGACAUGGACGAGUGCUCGCUGGGUGCCAACCCUUGUGAGCAUGCUGGGAAGUGCAUCAACACGGAGGGCUCCUUCCAGUGCGACUGCCAGCGUGGCUACUCCGGCCCCCGUUGCGAGAUCGACGUGAACGAGUGCUCCUCGAACCCGUGCCAGAACGAUGCCACCUGCUUAGACCAGAUUGGGGUUUUCCACUGCAUCUGCAUGCCAGGGUACGAGGGUGUGUACUGCGAGAUCAACACAGACGAGUGUGCCAGCAGCCCCUGCCUGCACAACGGGAACUGCGUGGACAAGAUCAACGAAUUCACCUGCGAGUGCCCCAGAGGCUUCACCGGGCACCUGUGCCAGCAUGACAUGGACGAGUGCGCGAGCACGCCCUGCAAGAAUGGAGCGAGGUGUGUCGACGGCCCCGACUCCUACACCUGCGAGUGCACCGAAGGUUUUUCUGGCCCCCACUGCGAGACGGACGUCAACGAAUGCGACCCGGACCCCUGCCACUACGGGACCUGCCAGGACGGCAUCGCCACCUUCACGUGCCUCUGCCAGCCCGGCUACACCGGCCACCGCUGCGACGUCAACAUCAACGAGUGCCAAAGCCAGCCCUGCAAGAAUGGAGGGACGUGCCAGGACAGGAACAACGCGUACACCUGCCUGUGCCUCCGAGGAACAACAGGGCCCCAUUGUGAGGUCAAUGUGGAUGACUGUGCCAGCAACCCCUGUGACUCGGGCACGUGCGUGGACAAAAUCAACGGCUAUGAAUGUACCUGUGAGCCUGGAUACACAGGGAGGAUGUGCGACAUCAACAUCGAUGAGUGCGCCAGCAACCCCUGCCACAGUGGCGGCACCUGCCAAGAUGGCAUCAGCGGUUUCACCUGCGUCUGCCCGGAAGGCUACCACGGUGCCACGUGCCUUUCGGAAGUGAACGAGUGCAGCAGCGACCCCUGCAUCCAUGGCAGGUGCAACGACGGUCUGAACGGCUACAAAUGCGACUGCAACGCUGGCUGGAGCGGGACCAACUGCGAUGUCAACAACAACGAGUGCGACUCCAACCCUUGCAUGAACGGCGGCACCUGUAAGGAUAUGACCAGUGGCUACGUCUGCAGCUGCCAAGAAGGAUUCAGCGGUCCCAACUGCCAAACCAACGUCAACGAGUGCGCCUCCAAUCCCUGCCUGAACCAAGGAACGUGCAUUGACGACGUGGCUCGUUACCAGUGCAAUUGCCUUCCACCAUACACCGGGCCCACCUGCAGGGAGAUCCUGGCCCCUUGUGCACCUGGACCCUGCAAGAACGGCGGGGAGUGCCGAGAGUCGGAGGACUACGGGAGCUUCUCCUGCACGUGCCCUCUGGGCUGGCAAGGGCAAACCUGUGAGAUCGACAUCAACGAGUGCGUCAAGAGCCCCUGUCAGAAUGGCGCCACGUGUCAGAACACGGAUGGGGGCUACCGCUGCGUCUGCCGAGCUGGGUUCACGGGCCGCGGCUGCGAAACAGACAUCGACGACUGCCAGCCCAAUCCGUGCCACAAUGGAGGGUCCUGCUCCGAUGGCGUCGGCAGCUUCUCCUGUGACUGCCUGCCCGGUUUCCAGGGCCCCAGAUGCGAAGAUGAUGUUGACGAGUGCGCCAGCAGCCCCUGCAGAAAUGGGGCCAACUGCACGGACUGCGUCAACAGCUACACGUGCACCUGCCCCUCUGGCUUCAGCGGCAUCCACUGCGAGCACAACACCCCCGACUGCACGGAAAGCUCUUGCUUCAAUGGGGGGACGUGCGUGGAUGGGAUCAACACCUUCACCUGCGUUUGCCCGCCGGGGUUCACGGGCAUCUACUGCGAGCACAACAUCAACGAGUGUGACUCCAAGCCCUGCUUGUAUGGCGGCACGUGCCAGGACAGCUACGGGACGUACAAGUGCACGUGCCCGCAGGGGUACACCGGCCUCAACUGCCAGAACAUGGUGCGCUGGUGCGACUCCUCGCCCUGCAAGAACGGCGGGAAGUGCUGGCAGGUGAAGAACUUGUACCGCUGCGAAUGUACCAGCGGCUGGACAGGCCUCUACUGCGAUGUCCCCAACGUCUCCUGCGAGGUGGCCGCUCGGCAGCAAGGUGUGGACGUCGCGCGCCUCUGCAGGAACGCGGGGCUCUGCGUGGACAGCGGCAACACCCACCGCUGCCACUGCCAGGCGGGCUACACGGGCAGCUACUGCGAGGAGCAGGUGGACGAGUGCUCCCCCAGCCCCUGCCAGAACGGGGCCACCUGCACCGACUACCUCGGCGGCUACUCGUGUGAGUGCGUCGCUGGCUACCACGGGGUGAACUGCUCGGAGGAGAUCAACGAGUGCCUGUCCCAUCCAUGCCAAAACGGAGGAACUUGCAUAGACUUCAUCAACACCUACAAGUGCUCCUGCCCCCCGGGAACUCAAGGGGUGCACUGCGAGAUCAACGUGGACGACUGCAGCCCCGCCGCGGACGCGCACACGCUGGCUCCCAAGUGCUUCAACAACGGGAAGUGCAUCGACCGCGUGGGCGGCUACAGCUGCGCCUGCUUGCCGGGCUUUGUGGGGAAGCGCUGCGAGGGGGACGUCAACGAGUGCCUCUCCAACCCCUGCAGCCUGCACGGGACCCAGAACUGUGUGCAGCGGGUGAACGACUACCAGUGUGAAUGCCGGCCGGGCUACUCCGGGCGGCACUGCGAGACCGUGGUGGACAGCUGCCGAAGCAAGCCGUGCCGCAAUGGUGGGACCUGUGCUGUGGCCAGCAACACUCAGCGUGGGUUCAUCUGCAGGUGCCCCCCUGGCUUGGACGGUGCCACCUGUGAGAACGACCUGCGCAGCUGUGGGACCCUGCGCUGCCUGAAUGGCGGGACCUGCGUCUCCACCCAGAAGAGCCCCAGGUGCAUCUGCGCGCCCGGCUUCACAGGCCCCGAGUGCCGGUUCUCGACCAGCAACCCCUGCCACUCCAGCCCCUGCUACAACGGCGGCAGCUGCCAGCUCUCCAAGGAGCCGCCCCACUACCGGUGCAAUUGCCCCGCCAGCUUCAACGGCCUGAAUUGCCACGUCCUGGACUUCGAGUUCCUGGGCGGCCUCGGCCAGGACAUCCUCCCUCCCGCCUUCGAGGAGAGCUGCGAGAUCCCCAUCUGCGCCAGCCACGCCGGCAACAAGGUCUGUGACGCCCGGUGCAACAACCACGCCUGCAGCUGGGACGGCGGCGACUGCUCGCUCAACUUCAGCGACCCCUGGAAGAGCUGCUCGCAGGCGCUGCAGUGCUGGAAGUACUUCAACGACGGGAAGUGCGACGCCCAGUGCAACAACACGGGCUGCCUGUACGACGGCUUCGACUGCCAGAAGGCCGAAGUGCAGUGCAACCCCAUGUACGACCAGUACUGCAAGGACCACUUCUCCGACGGCAACUGCGACCAAGGCUGCAACACGGCCGAGUGCGAGUGGGACGGCCUGGACUGCGCCAGCUCGCCGGAGAGGCUGGCCGAGGGCACCCUGGUGCUGGUGGUGCUGACCACGCCGGAGGUCCUGCGGAACAUCUCCUUCAACUUCCUGCGGGAGCUCAGCCGCGUGCUCCACACCAACGUGGUCUUCAAGAGGGACGCCAAGGGCGAGUACAUGAUCUUCCCCUAUUAUGGGAACCCCGAGGAGCUGAAGAAGCACCACAUGAAGAGGUCGGCGGAGGGCUGGCCAGAUGUGUCCAGCAUGUUCUCGAGCAUGAAGACGUCUCUCUCUCCGAGGGUCAGUGGGAGGCAGAGACGAGAGCUGGACCAGGUGGAUGUCAUCGGCUCCAUUGUGCACCUGGAGAUCGACAACCGGCAGUGCCUCCAGUCCUCGUCUCAGUGCUUCCAGAGCACCACGGAUGUCGCGGCCUUCCUGGGCGCUCUGGCCUCACUCGGCAACUUGGACAUUCCAUACAAAAUCGAAGCCGUUAAGAGUGAAACGACCGAUCACCCGAUCAGCACCCCGCUCUAUCCUAUGUACGUGGUGGGGCCUUCUCUCUUCCUGCUCCUCUUAAUCGGCGUGGGAGUCUUGGCAUCUCGCAAGCGGCGGAGAGAACAUGGGCAGCUCUGGUUCCCUGAGGGCUUCAAAGUGACGGACAAAAAGAAGAAGCGACGGGAGCCGCUGGGGGAGGAUUCUGUGGGACUGAAACCCUUGAAAAAUGCGUCUAACGGCACUUUGAUGGACGGCAACCAGAAUGAAUGGGGCGAUGAAGAAACACUGGACACCAAAAAGUACAGGGUGGAGGAGCAGGUCAUGCUGCCCGGCGUGGAUGACCAGACAGACCACCGGCAGUGGACGCAGCAGCACCUCGACGCGGCUGACCUGCGCAUGUCCGCCAUGGCCCCCACGCCCCCGCAGGGGGAAAUUGACGCAGACUGCAUGGAUGUCAACGUGCGAGGACCAGACGGGUUCACACCGCUGAUGAUUGCUUCGUGCAGCGGGGGAGGGCUGGAGACCGGCAACAGUGAGGAGGAGGAGGAUGCCCCUGCCGUCAUCUCGGAUUUCAUCUACCAGGGGGCCAACCUGCACAAUCAGACAGACCGCACGGGGGAGACGGCGCUGCACCUGGCCGCCCGCUACUCCCGCUCGGAUGCCGCCAAGAGGUUGCUGGAAGCCAGCGCCGACGCCAAUGUCCAGGACCACAUGGGGAAGACGCCACUACACGCCGCGGUGUCAGCCGACGCUCAGGGUGUCUUCCAGAUUCUGAUCAGGAACAGGGCCACCGACCUGGAUGCCCGCAUGCACGAUGGCACCACGCCGCUCAUCCUGGCUGCCCGCCUGGCCGUGGAGGGCAUGCUGGAGGACCUCAUCAGCUGCCACGCGGACGUCAACGCGGUGGACGAUCUCGGGAAGUCGGCGCUGCACUGGGCAGCUGCCGUGAACAACGUGGACGCCGCUGUGGCGCUGCUGAAGAACGGGGCCAACAAGGACAUGCAGAACAACAAGGAGGAGACCCCUCUCUUCCUGGCGGCCAGAGAAGGGAGCUACGAGACCGCCAAGGUUCUCCUGGAUAGUUUCGCCAACCGGGACAUCACGGACCACAUGGACCGCCUGCCCCGCGACAUCGCCCAGGAGCGCAUGCACCACGACAUCGUGCGGCUCCUGGACGAGUACAAUCUGGUGCGGAGCCCGCCCAUGCACAACGGGCCGCUGGGGGCACCCACCCUCUCCCCGCCGCUGUGCUCGCCCAGCAGCUACAUCAGCAACCUGAAGCCCGCCCUGCAGGGCAAGAAGCCCCGGAAGCCGAGUGCCAAGGGGCUGGGCUCCAACGGGAAGGACGCCAAGGAUCUCAAGGCCCGCCGGAAGAAGUCGCAGGAGGGCAAGGGGUGCCUGCUGGACGGCUCCGGCGUCCUCUCGCCCGUCGACUCCCUGGAGUCACCCCGCGGGUACCUGUCGGACGUUGCAUCGCCGCCCCUGAUGGCCUCUCCCUUCCAGCAGUCUCCCCCCAUGCCUUUGAACCACCUACCGGGCAUGCCCGACGCCCACCUGAGCAUGAGCCACCUCAGCCUGGUGGGCAAGCAAGACACGGGCGUGUGUGGCAACCGGAUGCCGCCCUUUGACCCGGUGCCCCCGCGCCUCUCGCACUUGCCCGUCUCCAGCCCCGGCGCCGCCAUGGGGGGUGCCCCAGUGAAUUUCACCAUCAGCGGGGCCCCCGGCUUGAGCGGGCCGUGCGACUGGCUCAGCCCGCUGCGGAACGGCAUGGUGGCCGGCCAGUACAACCCCGCGAGGGGCCUCCUGCCGCAGGCCGCGCACCCACCGGGCCAGCCGCUGCAGCACGGGCCGCACGCCUCCCUGCACGGGGGCCUGCCCGCCACCCCGCUGCCUCAGCUCGUGAGCUAUCAGCCCGUCCCGAGCGGCCGCCUGCAGGCGCCGCCGCUGCAGCCCCACAGUGGCCCCCACGGGGGCCCCAGCUUCCUCGCGGGCGAGCUGAGCCAGCCCGACGUGCAGCAAGUCGGCGGCGGGGCGCUGGCCGUCCACGCCAUCCUGCCCCCCGACGGCCCGGCCCUCGCCACCCCGCUGCCCUCGGCCCUCACCCAGCCCAUGGCCACCACCCAGUUCCUCACGCCGCCCUCCCAGCACAGCUACUCCUCCCGCUUGGACCACACGCCCAGCCAUCAGCUCCAGGUGCCCGACCACCCCUUCCUGACGCCCUCCCCGGAGUCGCCCGACCAGUGGUCCAGCUCCUCCCCGCACUCCAACCUCUCGGAUUGGUCGGAAGGCAUCUCCAGCCCACCCACCAGCAUGCAGUCGCAGAUGGGCCCGAUCCCAGAAGCUUUCAAGUGAGCGGAGGAAUUACUCGGCCGGGGAGGGAUCAUCCCUCGUGCACAAGCGCCCCGGAGGGAUGCCUUGUGUGGGGAGAGAGACAUGGUUGGACUCCAGGGACCCUUUUUCAAAGAAAAGAAAUAUUUUUACAUACAUGAUAAGCGGAAAAUCCAAUGUUUCUUCCUUUUGCUUUUUUUAGUAUUUAUUUAUGUACUUUUUAUUUUACAUGAAAACACUGCCUUUUUAUUUAUAUUUUGUGUUAAGAAUUUGAUGGGAUAAAUUUGCUGUGCUCUGAGAAAUGUUUUAAAAAAAAUAUUAAUGGGGUAUGUUUUUUCUUUUUUAGGAAACUUUUAAAAACUUUUGUAUCAUGAUGUUCCCAUGUAGAGUUUUCCUCUGUAAAGCUAUAAGCAAAGAUUCAUGAUUAUAAAAUUAGAUUUAUUUAUUGAGCAGGAUCUUUUCCUGCUUGUUGCUAAAAGUAUGGAAAAGGCUUUUUUUGUGGGAUGGGGGCAAAUUGAUGAAAAUGUUACCUGUUUGAGAGGAUAAUUUAAAUAUAAGUUGAUGGAUUGUUUUUAAAGUGCUUUAAAAUUUUCCCUCGGAUGACGAUAGACAGCAGGGAACAUUUUAGAGUUCCAGCCAUGAAUCUUUGUUUAAAAGUUUCAGUAUUACAUAGUUUUGUACAUCUUGUCUUUUUAGAAGAUAGCAGAGCAUGGUUUUUUAAUUUAUUUUAAAUACUGCCAAUGAUCAAAAACCAAGAUCAUGGUUCUGAGCUACAAAGGAAAUCAAGAUGCUUCCUUCCCCCUCCCCCAUCCAAAAAAAAAAAAAAAAGUCUUGUGAUUCACCUGUUGCAAAUAUGUAAAAUGCACCAAAAGCCCGAAAAGGAUUUGGUGCGGAAGGAGGGCAAUUAAGCUUCACCUCCAACAUGUUUGAGCCUUUUUUUUUUAACUGUUGCAAUAAUGUUGUGCUUACAAUACCCAAGCAUUUGGGUAUUGCUUUAAAAGACGUAUCCAAAUAGUUGGGAUCCACCCCAUGCCCCCAUUGUUGCUGGCAACGUGUGUGCAUCCGUGUGUGUGUGGACACAGCGGGGCGGAUUCCCCGGGCCGGAGGGACAGGGGGUGUGCGCACUCGGGGCCCCCGCGGGAGGGUUUUCGUCUCUGAGGCUUGACGUUGCAGUCACUUCCACGGGGGAGAGGAAAAAGGGGGCUGUCCUCAGUGACCCCAGCAAGGGAGGAUCCUGCCUUCCCCUUCCCACCCUGCAUCCGCAGAGCCCCCAACAUGCGACGUGCUUGGGAACCCGAGAGAGCGGCUGGGCUCCGGCUCUCACGCUAUACGAGCCCGUGGUUUAGGUUAUUAGAUUUCAAGUUGGCAUGAUGGGUGGGCACCGCCACAUGAACAAAGGAUGCUCCCAUUCCUUGUGGAAUUGUGAAUCCAGGGCUGUUUAAACCAUGGGUUCUUGCCACACAUAGACCUGGAACCAUUGAUUGUUCAUGGGUUGUUUGCCAGGUUGCAAAGGUGGCAGGCAAGACUGGUUAAAAAAGUGCAGCUGUUUUUCAUGUCAGUAUGACAGGGCUGCAGAGACUUUGGGAUACACAGAGGCAGGAGGAGAGAGAAGAAAAGAGCAAACAACCCACUGUUGCAAAGCCAAAAUGGCUUGUUAGAUCAUCUGCCAGACAAACCCUGGGUAGGGGUAGGAUUAACUAUGGUUAACUAAAUCAUGGGUAAGUGUUUGCUUAGGCAAACUGGGCCAGGGCAUGUCACAGUGCUAAAAAGGGUGUUUUGUUGUGAAGACGCGUAUCCUGGUUGAAAACUUAACCCCGAAGUCCAGGGCAGCAAUUCCAGCCCUUUUUGUGGCCCAUCUCUCACACACACUUCCAAAGACCGGGAAGCCAUUUUUCAACAUGAUCACGGUAAGAAUUCCCUCUGCCUGCCUCUGAUGUUCCUUGAAUUUGAACCAGCCCAAAACCUCUGCGUGAGCUGAAGUUUGUGGCUUCUGAGGAUAUCAGUUGUGUUGUUUCAAAAAAGAUCUUGUUCAUUUUCAGGAUAACGGCAUGUUGUCUUUCCUAUGGGAUGUUUGCUCUUUUGGAGGCCAGGAGAAUGGAUCAGGGGAAUUGGCCUUGUGUAAAAACAAAAACAAGCAAAUAUAUAUAUAUAGUAUAAGCCUAUGGCCAAGUUCUGUAAAUAAGGGUUUUUUAAAACAAAAAUAAAAUUGUAAGGGUGGAUUUUGUUUAAAAAAUCUGAAUUAAGUCAAAUGGAAAGGAGUGUGCUGAUUUAGAGGUGUUGGAAUAUUACUCAAGAGGGGAAGUUAUGAGUCCCAGUCACUAGCAAUGGUUCAUUUCGCUGGAGUUUGUGCACAAAAGAACAAGCCUAAGAAGUCUACCAAGGCAUGUUUCUUUAGAAUAAACACCCCUUAAAUUUUCAACUGUAAAGCAAAUGAUUAAAAAAACACCCUCUGGUGUUAAAUCUUUUAUGUUUUAUAAACUAGAGUGUAGUUUAUCAGUGGGGGUGUUGUGGGAGAUUUUUUAAAAAGAGACAACCUUCUGUAAUAAUAAAAACGUUCAUGCAAGAUUGUAGUUUGCAAAAAUGAUGUGUAUUUUUUUGGUUAACUGAUUUGCAAUAAACGAUGCCCACAGGCAUUCUAGAAUUUUACUAAAA